AAGAGACUAUCAGCCCAUGCAGGCGGACAAGUUUAGCUUGCUUUAUGAUGCUUUCCUACUUCUCAUAGUGUCUGUCAAUCUUCCUCCUCCCUCGGCGCCACGCAAUGCAGGCUAAGGAGGGCGUGGCCAGUGUCGUCUCUGUUGGGAUUGGCUUUAUCUCCUGCAAAACAUGUCUGUGUCCCACCCCAGAUAUAGUACCUUGCUGUAUGUCUUGGCCCCGCCCACUCACGGUGACAUCACUGCGGCCCACAAAAAAACAGUGCCACGACUGUUUCCGUUCUCGCCUCGCUGUGACUGACAGGUAGCUUUCGGAGCGCAGGGAGUUCCUCGCUCGCUGUCAAGUAUGUCAGCUACUAGUUAGUCCAGACAAGCAACUUUUAAGGAGUGCAGGCAACUUGCACAGCAACUCUCCGGGCUCACACAUGGCCUUCAGGUCGGAGAGGGUGGAUGCUGCUGGUGGCGUGCGCCUUUAUCUGCUGACCGCUGGUCGUCAUCUGAGACAGCUGAGAAGGACAUGUAGCUAGAAUGGGACAAUGGCAUGGCACAAGAUAUUGGACGGUGCGCCCGAGCGAAAGACAGGGAGGUUGAACAUGGACUUUUUUAAGAACCGGGUUCCUGGUGGGAGCCAGGUUACUAAUGGUGAUGAUCCCCAUGAAAAUGUAGCGGCUGCUUUGCCACGGGACCCUGCUUCACUGCUCCUUCGCAUGAGGAGACCAGGCCAGCUAUCUAGGGUACAAGCUAUUGAGGAGCAUCCAGAAGGCCCAGCAGUAGUCGCUGAUCCGGUCAAUGUAUCCUCCAGGCCUCUCCGCAUUAACAAAACGCGCCUUAAAGAAAACCUCCACCAAUUCACAAAAACCAACAUUUUACACCAUGCUCGUCGUAUCCACAAGGCUUCAGCGCCAGUCAACGGCAGCGUGAGCAGACGCCGCGGCCCCUCCGCGGUGACUCCAAUCGCGUGGGAAAAACACAACCUCAUCGCCAUGUCGAGCAUCACCAUCGACCCCGAGCUCAAGCCCGGGGAGUUUGUCAUCAAAAGCCUGUUCGCCGAGUUUGCUGUGCUGGCAGAGAAGAAGAUCGAGAUGGUGAUGGCCGAACCGAUGGAAAAGCUUCUGUCCCGGUCCCUCCAAAGAGGGGAGGAUGCACAAUUUGACCAGUUAAUAAGCUCUAUGAGCUCAGUAGCCGAACACUGUUUGCCCUCCCUACUGCGUACACUGCUCGACUGGUACAGGCGGCAGAGCGGCACCGAAGACGAGUCUCACGAGUACAGGCCUCGUUCCAGCACAAAGUCUAAAGGAGAUGAGCAGCACCGGGAUAAAGAUUACCUGUUGGAGAGGAGGGACCUAGCCAUAGAUUUCAUUUUUUGUCUCGUGUCAGUGGAAGUUCUUAAACAGAUUCCUCUUCAUCCGGUGCCAGAUGCUUUAGUGCAUGAAGUUCUUAACCUGGCAUUUAAGCACUUUAAACACAAAGAGGGAUGCUGUGGCUCCAACACAGGCAACGUGCACAUCAUUGCAGACUUGUAUGCCGAGGUCAUCGGCGUUCUCACGCAGUCCAAGUUUCAAGCGGUGAGAAAGAAAUUCAUCACAGAGCUCAAGGAGCAGCGGCAAAAAGAGCAGAGUCCUAACGUCGUCCAGAGCAUCAUCACACUCAUCAUGGGCAUGAAGUUCUUUCGGGUGAAGAUGUAUCCCGUGGAGGAUUUUGAGGCUUCUUUCCAGUUCAUGCAGGAGUGUGCCCAGUACUUCCUGGAAGUCAAGGACAAAGACAUAAAACAUGCUCUCGCAGGCCUCUUUGUGGAGAUCCUCAUCCCUGUCGCCGCUGCGGUGAAAAACGAAGUCAAUGUGCCGUGCCUGAAAAACUUUGUGGAGAUGCUUUACCAGACGACGUUUGACCUUAGCUCCAGAAAGAAACACUCUUUGGCCCUGUAUCCCUUGGUGACAUGCUUGCUGUGCGUUAGCCAGAAACAGUUCUUCCUCAACAACUGGCACAUCUUCCUCCAGAAUUGCCUCUCGCACCUGAAGAACAAAGACCCAAAAAUGUCCAGAGUGGCACUGGAGUCUCUUUACCGGCUGCUAUGGGUCUACAUUAUCAGGAUCAAGUGUGAGAGCAACACUGUCACACAGAGUCGACUACUCAGCAUCGUGUCAGCACUUUUCCCCAAAGGCUCCCGCAGUGUGGUGCCCAGGGACACCCCCCUCAACAUCUUUGUCAAAAUCAUCCAGUUCAUCGCUCAGGAAAGACUGGACUUUGCAAUGAAGGAGAUCAUCUAUGACCUCCUGUGCGUGGGCAAGUUUCACAAGACAUUCACCAUCAAUCCGGAGAGGAUGAAUGUCGGUCUGCGAGCCUUCUUGGUGAUCGCGGACAGCCUGCAGCAGAAAGAUGGAGAGCCCCCUAUGCCCACCACUGGGAUCAUCAUGCCCUCUGGCAACACGCUGCGAGUUAAAAAGAUCUUUCUCAACACCACCCUCACUGAUGAAGAGGCCAAGGUCAUAGGCAUGUCACUGUACUACCCGCAAGUGAGGAAGGCCUUGGAUAACAUCCUGAGACACCUGGACAAGGAGGUGGGACGCUCCAUGAGCAUGACCAGUGUGCAGAUGUCCAACAAGGAGCCAGAGGACAUGUUCACGGGAGAGAGGAAGCCCAAGAUCGAUCUGUUCCGCACAUGUGUCGCUGCUAUUCCAAGGUUGAUACCAGACGGCAUGAGCAGACAAGACUUAAUAGAGCUCCUCGCGAAGCUGACCAUCCACAUGGACGAGGAGCUGCGUGGCCUAGCUUUUACCACUCUUCAGGCCCUCAUGGUGGACUUCCCUGAGUGGCGCGAGGAUGUCCUUACUGGCUUUGUGCACUUCAUUGUCCGGGAGGUGACGGACGUUCACCCCACGCUGCUGGACAACUCGGUCAAGAUGCUGCUGCAGCUCAUCAGCCAGUGGAGGCAGGCCGCGCAGAGCAGCAACAAGAGCCACGAUGCGCUGGUCGGUCACGGACGCUCGUCACGUUUGAGGGCCCGCCUCGAGAUUUACUUUCUCACCGGCUCGUCUUUAAAACAGAGUUCCAGCAGCAGCCAUUCUCUCUCCGCGGAGCGUUCGUCGCUAGGUGUGCUGCACAUGGUGGAAGGUCUGGCCAUGGUCGUGCUUUGCAGCUGUCGCCCUGCCACACGCAGGCUAGCAGUCAACGUCCUAAAGGAGGUCCGUGCACUGCACACGACCCUGGGCAUCGGCAAGGCCGAUGAGGAAUUGGCCAUUGAUGUCAUGGAUAGAUUAAGCGCAUCAGUGUUGGAGAGCUUUAUUCAUCUUACUGGUGCCGAUCAGACCAACCUGCUGUAUUGUCCCAGUGGGAUCGACCUCCAAUCGCUGGCGGAGUGGAGCUCGUCUCCCAUCAGCCACCAGUUUGACGUGGUGAGCCCCUCACACAUCUGGGUGUUUGCCCACAUAACGCAGGGCCAGGACCCCUGGGUCAUCAGCUUCUCCAGCUACCUGCGUCAGGAAAACCUGCCCAGGCAUUGUCCCACCGCCCUUAGCUACGCUUGGAUGUUCGCCUACACCCGCUUGCAGCUUCUCUCCCCUCAAGUCGACAUCAACAGUCCCAUCAAUGCCAAGAAAGUCAACAACAGCAGCGACUCCUACAUCGGCCUUUGGCGGAACUACCUGAUCCUCUGCUGCAGCUCGGCAUCCUCCUCCCCAACCAUGUCUGGUUCUUCCUCCGCCUCUGGUUGCGUCCGCUUCUCCCUAUCUGAGACGCUGGCGUCCACAACGGACAGCGGCUAUAGUUACGAUUCCAAGAUUGUUGGCACUCCUUCCCCGUCAAUUCUGUUUAAACACAUUGUUCCCAUGAUGCGCUCUGAGAACAUGGACAUCACAGAGUCUCUCGUGUUGGGGCUUGGCAGGACCAACCCCCUGGCCUUCAGAGAGUUAAUAGAAGAGCUAAAUCCCAUCAUAAAAGAAGCCCUGGAAAGAAGACCUGAAAACAUGAAGCGACGCCGGCGUCGUGACAUCCUCAGAGUCCAGCUGGUCCGGAUUUUUGAGCUCCUGGCUGAUGCUGGUGUCAUCAGUCAGAUAGCGAGUGGGGGUUUCGAUGGUGAGAGUCAUUCUCUGAACAGCACUCUGCUGGACUACGUUGACAUGACCAGGCAGCUGCUGGAGGCCGAGAAUGACAAGGACUCGGAUACGCUAAAGGACAUCCGCUGUCACUUCAGUGCACUUGUGGCAAACAUCAUUCAGAACGUUCCAGUGCACCAGCGGAGGACCAUCUUCCCGCAGCAGUCACUGCGACACAGCCUCUUUAUGCUGUUCAGUCACUGGGCCGGGCCCUUCAGCAUCAUGUUUACGCCGCUGGACCGAUACAGCGACAGAAAUAUGCAGAUCAACCGCCAUCAGUACUGUGCAUUAAAGGCCAUGUCUGCCGUGCUGUGCUGUGGCCCCGUAGCUGACAACGUUGGCCUCUCCUCUGAUGGAUACCUCUACAAGUGGCUGGACAACAUCCUGGAUUCGCAGGACAAGAAGGUUCACCAAUUGGGCUGCGAGGCGGUGAUGCUGCUGCUCGAGCUGAAUCCCGACCAGAGCAACCUUAUGUUUUGGGCUGUGGACCGCUGCUACACAGGAUCCCGACGUGUGGCCACGGGGUGCUUCAGGGCCAUAGCCAACGUGUUUCAUAACAGAGAUUAUCAGUUUGACAUAGUCGUGCUGCUGAACCUGAUUUUGUUCAAGGCCGCUGACUCGUCUCGUGAUAUCUACGAAGUAGCCAUGCAACUGUUACAGAUCUUGGAGCCUAAGCUCUUCCGUUACGCCCACAAACUAGAGAUCCUGCAAACCGACGGCAUUCUAACCCCUCCCUCGCCGUUGCCACACCUUUACUCUGUGUCGUACUACCAGCUGUCAGAGGAGCUCGCACGGACUUACCCAGAGCUCACGCUGCCCAUCUUUUCAGAGGUGAGCCAGCGUAUCCAAACAGCGCAUCCUGGUGGCCGCCAGGUGAUGUUGCACUACCUUCUGCCUUGGAUGAACAACGUGGAGUUGGUGGAUCUUAAGCCCGCUGCACGUCGGCCAGAGGACUCCUCCUGCAACGGUGGCGAGGAGGACGAGGGCAAGCAGGACCGCGACAUGAUGAUGGUCAACAGUCGGCGUUGGCUUCAGGGAGAGGGCUGGGGGUCGCCCAGGGCAACCACCUUGGUGUUGAACAACCUCAUGUUCAUGACAGCCAAGUAUGGGGACGAGUUUGCCUGGUCGGAGAUCGAGAAUGUAUGGACUACCUUAGCAGACAGCUGGCCAAAGAACCUCAAAAUAAUCCUGCACUUCCUCAUCAGCAUGUCAGGAGUGAACAGUGAGCCCAGCCUCUUGCCAUAUAUAAAGCGGGUGGUGGUUUACUUGGGCAGAGACAAGACUAUGCAGCUGCUGGAGGAGUUGAUGAGCGAGCUGGAGUUGACCGAUCCCGUCAGCUCAGCUGUCACUCACAUGGACCAACCCCCUUAUUACCGCAUCAGCUCCAGCUACAAGAUCCCCUCAGUCACCUCAGGUACGACUUCCAGCAGCAACACCAUGGUGCCAGGACACGACGGCCAUCAUGAGAGCAAGGUCAAAGAUUCAAACAUGGAGGACAGUAGUUACGCCCACCUGGACAUAUACAGCGGCCUAAACACCAACCUGAACCGCCAGCACCACCGCCUGGAGUCUCGUUACAGCAGCAGCUCAGGAGGCUCCUAUGAAGAGGAGAAAGGUGACUCGAUGCCGCUUUACGCUAACUUUCGUUUGAAGGUGAUGGAUCACAACCGUCCGGAGCCGCUCCCUUUCCCCCCGACAGGCGGCUGCUGGUCUCCUCUGGUGGAUUACCUACCAGAGACCACCGCCCCUGCUGUAGCCCUGCACAGAUGUAACAUCGCCGUCAUCCUACUAACUGACCUCAUUGUGGACCAUGGCGUCAAAGUGGAGUGGAGUGCCUAUUUGCAUCUAUUGCUGCAUGCAAUUUUUAUAGGGUUCGAUCACCAACACCCGGAGGUGUACGAGCACUGCAAGCGCCUCCUACUACACCUGCUCAUUGUCCAGGGAGCAAACAGCAACGUUCAGGGGUUGGCCAUGGUCCUCUUACGCAACAGGGAGUUCAACGACCCACGAGUCUUGACCGUCAAGCCGGCCGCACCAGAGUUCCACUUCACAGGAGUGCAAGAAUUGUUGACCGACUCUCAGCCGUCGCCUGUGACCGACUCCGGCCUCAGCUCCAGCUCCACGUCGUCCAGCAUAAGUCUCGGAGCGGCGGGGUCCACUCUGUCCCACCUGUCCCCCUCGCUCCUUAGCGAGGUGGACGUCGCUGCUGAGAAGGACGAUAAGGUCAAAGCUCUCAUAGAGUUCAUUACCUCAAGGAAGCGUGGGCCGCUGUGGAACCACGAAGACGUGUCGCCCAAGAACCCUAACAUCAAGAGCGCCGACCAGCUGAGUGUGUUCGUCAGACACGUGGUCACCGUAUUCAAACAUUCCCAGCCAGGUUUCCAGCUGGAGUCAUUGCUGAGCGAGGUGGCCCUGCAAACAGCUCUCUCGUGCUCCUCUCGCCACUAUGCCGGCCGCUCCUUCCAGAUAUUCAGGGCACUCAAGCAACCUCUUACUCCCGCCACGUUGUCCGACAUUCUCUCCAGGCUGGUGGAGACUGUUGGGGAUCCCGGGGAGGAAGCUCAGGGCUUUGUCAUCGAACUGCUUCUCACACUGGAGUCUGGCAUUGACACGCUGGCAGACACGGUCAAAAACUACGACCUCCUCACCGCCUUAGUAGAAACCUCCACUUGUGAUCACUUGUUGGGGCCCAAGUUUGCGGCCAACAGAAAAAGCACGGGCCAGCUGAACCUGAGCACCGGCAGGCUUUUCGAAUCUGUGCACAAUCGCAGCCACUCCCUUCGAGCCAAUCUGAUGAGCGAGCGGAAAGUCAACAGGCCGCGGAGUAACACCUUAGACGUGGCAGACCGACUUGAGGGCAGCCACGGGAACCUGGCGCGCACCCGCAGCUUAUCAUCGUUGGGUGGCGGAGGGGGCCCGGGGCGGGACACUAACCCCCCGGUGGACCCCGCCAAUCUGAUGGCCACCGUCUUCUGGAUCGCCGCCUCGCUGCUGGAGUCGGACUACGAGUUUGAGUACCUGCUGGCGCUGCGGCUCCUCAAUAAGCUGCUGGGCCAGCUGCCUCUGGACCGCGCCGACAGCAGGGAACAUUUGGAGCGGAUCCAGGCCCAGCUCAAGUGGUACAGCUUCCCGGGCCUGCUGCAGCUCUUCCUGAAAGGCUUCACCUCAGUGUCCACGCAGGAGCUCACCAUCCAGCUGCUCAGCAAGCUCAUCAGUGUCUCCAGGCACACUCUUGUUGACCCAUCACAACUGGCAGGUUUCCCUCUGAACAUCCUCUGCCUCCUGCCGCACCUCAUCCAGCACUUUGACAGCCCCACCGCCUUCUGCAAGGAGACGGCGGAUAGGAUCGCGAAAGUGUGCGCCGAGGAUAAGUCGGCCACCCUCUCCAACCUGGCGCACAUGAUGAGCCUGUACAGCACGCACAGCUACUCCCGCGACUGCCCCAACUGGAUCAACGUGGUGUGCCGCUACCUUCACGACGCCUUCGCCGAGAUAACCUUGAACCUGGUGACCUACUUGGCUGAGUUGCUGGAGAAGGGGCUUCCGAGCAUGCAGCAGUCCUUACUGCAGCUCAUCUACAGCCUGCUGAGUCAUAUUGAGCUGUCAGCUGCCCCGGUCAAACAGUUUAACCUGGAGAUAAUGAAGAUCAUAGGCAAAUACGUUCAGAGUCCACACUGGAAGGAGGCGCAAAACAUUUUGAAGCUGGUGGUGUCUCGCUCGGCCAGCCUGGUUGUCCCAGACGACGUGCAGCGCUCGUACAGCACCGAGUCUUGCGGCUCUCCAGAAAUUGCCUUCACGCGCAUAUUUAACAACUCCUCCAAGGAGCUGCCCGGCAAGACGCUGGACUUCCACUUUGACAUCUCAGAGACGCCAAUCAUAGGACAUAAAUACGGCGAUCAGCGUAAUGCAGCGGGUCGGAAUGGAAAGCCUCAGGUGAUCGCUGUCACCAGGAGUACGUCUUCUACCUCUUCUGGCUCUAAUUCCAACGGCCUACUCCCGGUGAGCUGGAAGAGGCCUCAACUCUCUCAGAGAAGAACCAGAGAGAGGCUCAUGAAUGUUCUAUCGCUAUGUGGUCCGGAGGAUGGCAUCCCCAAAAAUCCAUCUGUAAGACUCCUCUCCUACUCUAAGGCCUCAGACAAGGUGGUGUUUCCAUCCAGCGAGGACCUGGACCCGGCAGACCAGCAGACCAGCCUAAUCCCCACUGUGGAGGAGGUGGUGCGAGAGGAGGAGGCACAGGGAGAAGAGAUGGGCAGCGAGCAGCAGUUUGGCGUCUUUAAAGACUUUGACUUCUUGGACGUGGAGUUGGAGGACGCUGAGGGGGAGAUCAUGGACAACUUCAACUGGGGCGUCCGCCGCCGCUCCCUGGAGAGCAUGGACAAAGGGGACACGCCGUCUUCGCAGGAUUAUCAGUACGUGGGAUGCACGCCAAGCCUCAACCUCACUAACCAUGAGGACACGGAUGAAUCAUCAGAGGAGGAGGUACUGAGCGCUAGCCAGAUUCUCGCCCGCUCUUGCCGUCUCAACAGCGACUCCGCCACGGACGACGCGACGUCCAACCACGUAGACUCCCUGCAGCAGUCGCAGGAGUCGUCGAGCAGCGCCUUGACCGAUGAGGCGGCGCCCUCGUUCCUCCCUCGACUGCCUUCCUUCCCUCGGCCGGAUAGCCCCAUGUUGGAGUUGGCCCAUUCAGACAGCACCAGCAGCCAGCUGCCUGAGGAUGCCGGCGGCGUGACGGCAACGGACGAGCUGAGCAGCAGCGUGAGCGAGGACACGGGGUUUUGCAGCGCGCCCCCUCUGCCCUCUGACCCCGCCGAGCUGUGUGAGCUACAGGAUCCCGGGGAUCAGGCUCAGGACCUCCAAGAGACCCCGGAGCCUCAGUACGACCUGGACCCGGCCCACCCUCCCCCGCCGCCCAUAGACACCCCGCCGGGGUCCGUCUGUGAGGAGGACGAGGAGGAGGAACGCCAAGUGGUCCUGCCGCCGCAUCCUCCGGCGGAAGCGGAGACCAAGCCAGACCUCGACCCGGAUCUAGAGCCUGAUCCGGACCCAGAUCCGGAUAGCACCUGCGGCUCCGUGUGGGAGGAGGAUGUGACUCAGGCCUUGAGGGAGCUGGACGAGCGCUGUGAGGAGGAGGAGGCCGACUACUCCGGCAUGUCAAGCCAAGAUGAAGGUGACGCAGACUGCUUCCCGGAGAUCCAGGCCUCUCCGCCCCCUUCGCCCUUCUUCUCGGCCAUCCUGGCAGCGUUCCAGCCCGUGGCCUACGACAACGAGGAGGAUGCCUGGCGUUGCCAUGUCAACCAGAUGUUGUCUGACACAGACGGCUCCACGGCUGUUUACACAUUCCACGUGUUCUCGCAGCUCUUCCAGAGCAUUCAAAGGAAAUUUGGCAACAUCACGCAUGCGUCCGUGCAGUUUCUGGGGGAGAAGCUCCAGCGGAUGGGCAAUCAGUUCAUCAGCUCGCUAGAAGUCAUGACGUCUCACUCGCAGUGUCCCACCGUGUUGCUGGACGCCGAGACGUUGGUCUCUUGUAGACUAUUGGAGACUUUGAAGUUUAGCGUGCUGGAGCUGCAGGAGCACCUGGACACGUACAACGCCAAGAGGGAGGCAGCGGAAGUCUGGCUGGAAAACUGCAGGAAAACAUUUGGGGACAACGAAAGCUGCCAGCGACUCAACACCCAAACACAGCAAAUGGAAAGUCUGGCAGAGCUGGAGUUGUGUCGCCGCCUCUACAAGCUGCACUUUCAGCUGCUGUUGCUCUUCCAGGCCUACUGCAAGCUCAUCAGCAGGGUGGACACCAUCAAAAGGGAGGCCGAGGUGACCAACAUGUCCGACGAGUUAAGCAUCCUGGAGAGCUGCCUGAAGGCGGCGGAGAGAGGAAAUGACGGCCAGGAGGAAGACGUGUGCAUGCCGGAUGCUGUCCAGACCAACACGGAGACGGCGAUCCAGUCACUGAUUGAAAGCCUGAGAGUCCGAGACUUCUGCUCGGCCCUCACGCAAGUCAAGGUCUUUAGGUCGCUGUGGCCCAACGACAUCUUCGGCAACGAGGGCGACGACGCCGUCCAGACGCUGCUGCACAUCUACUUCCGCCACCAGACGCUGGGCCAGACGGGCUGCCUGGCGGUGGUGGGCCCCAGCAGGGACCUGUCCCAGGCCAGCGGGCGCCUCAUGGAGCUCAACCUGCAGAUCCGAGAGGCCCUGAGUCAGGCCCAGGUGGGCCAGCCGCACGACACCGUGGUCAGCACCGGACUGUGACUAUAGGAAUCUAGACCAAGAAAAAAGGACGAGAGAGUCCGCUGACUAAAAGGGCUAAAAGGACGUGUGGGAACUCUCGCUGACUUUUGAGGUGCGGACGCUUCAAGCUAAUAUCUUCCCUCACACUAAACCUCAUGCAACAUUCUUUUGCAAUAAGUCGCGUGUACGAGAAGAGGACACAGCGGGAUGAUUUUUGUUUCGUUUUUGUUUUUGUUUUUUUGUGCCGAAUGGAACUCGCUAUCGUGCGCCUUCGUAAGCAAAAAAAAAAAAAACAGAAAAAAGGCAUGCUUGGAAGAGAAAAAGCAAUGCAAGAAUAUUUUUUUGGGAGAAAUGUAUUUUUUAUUAUUAUUAUUAGAGCUUAACCUCCUCGGUUGUAAAUGUCCGGAUAUUUAACGUGUGACCCUGUGGGAGGCGCCCCCGGUCCUCAGGGAAGUGUAAAAAGAGACAAAAAUAUAUCUAUCUGCUUUGACACCACCCUUACCACUUUAAGGCGUCCUUAAUGGCCCGUUUAACCAAAUAAGAAGCUGCCUUUAGAGGCUGUGUGAUGCUCUCACACAGACACAUGCAUAUAUAUAUAUAUAUAUAUAUAUAUAUGUAUAUACUGUAUAUAUAUGUAUACAUAUAUAUAUAUAUAUAUAUAUAUAUACAUAAAUAUAUAUAUAAACAAACUGCUCAUAACUUAUUUUACUCUGUAUAUAUUUUAGAUAGUGUAUUAUCCCCCUUCCUUUGUGUAAUGCACUGCAGAGGACGCCGUGUUUAAAGCUCAUGUGAUGAGACGAGAUUAUAGUCCCGCCCCUUUUUGUCUUUCCUCUAUGAGGGCCUCAGUUGGGACUCGCUGCCUCUUUGUUGUCGUUCUACUGUAGCAUUCGUACCCAACCACAUGCAUUCCUUCUCUCCACUGUGACCUUCUCCUUGAAAUCCAAAGAAGGGGAGACUCUUUUUUUUUUUUUUUUUUUCUAUCCCCCCCCCCACCACCCACAAAAACAUUGCAUCGCAGUCAUUGUCCCCACUCCCCUGCUUGUCUGGUACAUUCUCAAUGCUGUUUAUUUAAAUAGUCUUUUCCCCUGGGAGAUUUCAUUUAGAGGUGCAUUAUACUUUUUUUUUUUUGGUUCACUCACAUACCAGCCUUCUUUCUGGAUGAAUAAAAAUCUAAUGUUGA